GCGCGCCGAGCUCUUCGUGAUGCCGGUCGUAUUGAGCGCACGCGCCUUGAACGGCGGCUUGAAAAGCUGAUCGCUUUGCAUUUUAAUGCGAAGGGACAAGCCAGUACAAAUUCGAGGGCACAGCCAUCGAGGAGGGCAUCUUCAUUCUUUGAUAUUGACAUCAAGGAAUUGAGGAAUCUAGAUGCAGCAGAUCUCUGGAAGAAUAUGAUGCAGAAUCAAAUCACACCUGGGAGCAAGGCAGAUAUUCGAGCUCAGGAACAAAGCAUCACGCCUUGGGAGAACGAUAGCGACGUAUCACAGUGUCCACUGUGCUCCGCAUCAUUUCACCCAAUCACAAAUCGUAAACACCAUUGUCGUCUUUGUGGUCGAAUCGUUUGCUCUCUUCCUGCAAAACGCGGUCAGCGACCUGUCACAUGUUCACUCCUCUUCAUUGCCGAUAAAAAGACAGGGAAGAUAGAAGAGGUGGGCGAAGGAGUUGAUUAUGGCGUGCGGAGACGAAGUAGCAUGGGGCCACAAAACAAAGGUAAAGAGAAAGAAGCGCUUAUUGAAGAGGAGAAGUUCCUCCAAGGAGUGAGGAUCUGUCGAGAGUGUUCCUCAAUCCUCAAGCGUCAACAGCACAGGCAGGAAGCAUUCCACGUACCAACAUAUGCCAGACUCUACGAGGCGUUCAUAAACCUUGAAAAACAGAUUGAAGACGCUCUUCCAGUCUUCCAGGAACUGCUACUAGCUCUCAACAACGAUGACCAGCCAACGGCCGAAGCGUCUGCCGCUCGAAAGCGUCUUUUGGAGGCAUUUUCGCAGUACGACUCUCUGGCGAAACGAAUCCGAACGCUGCCAACUCCAGGGCCCGGGAGUUCCCAAGAUCGUGUGCAGGCAGCGAUACUCACGCGAGCGAGUGUGUUCCUGCAGAAACACAUGUUCCCUCUUCGGACUCUUCCAAAACCCAAGAAACCCAUAUCUUCGCCAAUCACGGAAGCAGAGACCCCCGUCAUCGACCCAGACUCAAACCUGGCUCACGUCCUGCAGCCAUUACUCGAGCAAGAAGCCCUUCUUGAGUCUUUCGUGGAAGAAGCCAAGGCUCACAGGAAGUUCGAGGACGUGCAGACACUCAAAUCAAACCUUCGUGAAAUCAGAUCCGAGAUCGACAAGGUCCUAGCAAAUGCUGAUUAUGAAGUACAUCGACAAAAUGGAUAG